CGCCACCGCCACCGCCACACAUCGCCGCCCGUCUGCUCCAAAGCCCUGCGCAUUCGCGUCAUGGCCUCCGUUCGUCAGAACAGCCAGCUGUACCGCCCCAUCCCCAUUCCCCUGCACCUGCAACUGCCGUUGGUGUUGGUGCUGUCGCUGCACCUUUCCGGUGUCUGCGGCGUCAUCGACCGCCUGGUGGUGCAGACGUCCUCCGGCCCGGUUCGGGGCCGUUCGGUGACGGUGCAGGGGCGCGAGGUGCACGUCUACACGGGCAUCCCGUACGCGAAGCCGCCCGUCGAGGACCUACGCUUCCGGAAGCCGGUGCCGGCAGAGCCAUGGCACGGCGUGCUCGAUGCCACCCGCCUUUCCGCCACCUGCGUUCAAGAGCGAUAUGAGUACUUCCCGGGCUUCUCCGGCGAGGAGAUCUGGAACCCCAACACCAAUGUAUCCGAGGACUGCCUUUAUAUAAACGUUUGGGCUCCUGCCAAGGCACGUCUCCGCCAUGGGCGUGGUGCCAACGGGGGUGAGCACUCCAAUGGAAAGCAGGGGGACACGGACCACCUGAUCCACAAUGGAAAUCCUCAAAACACAACAAACGGGCUCCCAAUUCUUAUUUGGAUCUAUGGAGGAGGUUUUAUGACUGGAUCCGCCACCCUGGACAUCUACAAUGCGGAUAUUAUGGCCGCCGUUGGCAAUGUGAUAGUGGCUUCCUUCCAAUACCGCGUAGGCGCCUUUGGGUUCCUGCAUCUGGCGCCGGAGAUGCCUUCGGAGUUUGCGGAGGAGGCUCCGGGCAAUGUGGGUCUCUGGGAUCAAGCUCUGGCCAUCCGCUGGCUAAAGGACAAUGCCCAUGCCUUUGGCGGUAAUCCCGAAUGGAUGACUCUGUUUGGCGAGUCGGCGGGUUCCAGUUCUGUCAAUGCCCAGCUGAUGUCGCCUGUGACUAGGGGCGUGGUCAAGAGGGGUAUGAUGCAGUCUGGCACCAUGAAUGCACCCUGGAGUCAUAUGACAUCCGAGAAGGCCGUCGAAAUCGGCAAAGCGCUGAUCAAUGACUGCAAUUGCAAUGCCUCCAUGCUCAAGACUAAUCCCGCUCAUGUCAUGAGCUGCAUGCGUUCGGUGGACGCCAAGACCAUUUCGGUGCAGCAAUGGAAUUCGUACUCGGGCAUCCUCAGCUUCCCGUCGGCGCCGACAAUUGACGGAGCCUUCCUGCCGGCGGAUCCCAUGACGCUGUUGCAAACGGCGGACCUCAAGGACUACGACAUCCUGAUGGGAAACGUCAGGGAUGAGGGCACUUACUUCUUGCUGUACGAUUUCAUCGAUUACUUCGAUAAGGACGACGCCACGGCCCUGCCGCGGGAUAAAUACCUUGAAAUAAUGAACAACAUUUUUGGCAAGGCAACGCAGGCGGAACGCGAGGCCAUCAUAUUUCAGUACACCAGCUGGGAGGGAAAUCCGGGAUAUCAGAAUCAGCAGCAGAUUGGACGCGCCGUGGGCGAUCACUUCUUCACCUGCCCAACCAACGAGUACGCCCAGGCCCUGGCGGAGCGAGGCGCCUCCGUGCACUACUACUAUUUCACACACCGCACAAGCACUUCGUUGUGGGGCGAAUGGAUGGGCGUGCUGCACGGCGAUGAGAUUGAGUACUUCUUCGGCCAGCCGCUAAACAACUCCCUGCAGUAUCGGCCUGUGGAGCGAGAGCUGGGCAAGCGUAUGCUCAGUUCGGUCAUCGAGUUCGCCAAGACGGGCAAUCCAGCUCAGGAUGGCGAGGAAUGGCCCAACUUCUCGAAGGAGGAUCCGGUCUAUUACAUAUUCAGCACAGACGAUAAGAUCGAGAAACUAGCUCGAGGUCCUUUGGCGGCCCGCUGCUCCUUCUGGAACGAUUACUUGCCGAAAGUCAGGAGUUGGGCAGGAACUGGCUGCGAUGGAAACUCGGGAAGUGCUUCCACAACCCCCCGACUGCCGAUCCUAGGAAUCGCCAUCCUGCUCUACAUCUGCGCUGCAUUGCAAACCAAGGGGGUUUUCUAAAAGAAGACCACGCCUGGUCGAAUCAACACACAAUAGGAAACAUUUAAAUACGAAACCCAGAAACAUCAAUGCCACAGCAACACACACUUAAAAUUAGAACACUUAUAAUAAUAAAAUUUAGCAAACUGACGGAGGACAAGAUUUUUAUGUAUGUAGGCACAGAAGUAUGUAUGAGUAUCAGAAGGCGAUUUGUUUACGGAAUUUAGUAGGAUCGGUUAUAGAGCAAGUCGAUGGCAAUUGCUGAAAAUUUGUAAAUUGAACUUAGAGCUCUAUGCACCCCAAGGAGUCGGUAGACCCCAGUGACCACUGUAGCCAGAAGCCACGAGCCAGAGGCUGGGCCCAAACCCAAUUGUUUUGUCUAGCACGAUGCUAAAUUGCUUAGUUCGAAGAAUAUUGGCCAAAAUAUGGGCACGCAAAUGAGCGCAAUUUUUGAUAAAUAAUUAGAAGAAAAAAAACUUUUGUCUUGCCCUUUUCUGAGGGCUGCCAAAAACGAAACAAUGUUUACAGAUACGUGUUUAACGACGAAUUGAAAACUCGCUCAGAUGACGAAGACAGAUGUUUUUUGCCACGCCCACAUUCCUGAGCGAUCUUUGAGCGCAUUUAAUGGCACAAUUUUAGCCCUUAGUUUGGAAAAAGUCCUUAUUGCCUAACGAUAUUUGGCCAAAUUGCAUUGGUUUCAUACUUAGGUUGAGGGUCCGUUUAAUUUCGAUUUCUUACUUUCCCAAGGAAAAAACACAAUACAAACACAUUUUAACCACACAAGAUUCUUAUGAGAAAACCUAGAUGGACAUUUUUGGAAAAAAAAAUCAACAAUUGUAUUGUACAAAAAAUUGGCAUUGGUUUAUUAGAAUGAAAAGAAAACAACCAAAUAAAAAAAAAAGGAAAAAUUAAAUAAAGAUGAGUAAAUGUAACCCCAAAUUAAGCACAACCCAAAGGAAAUUUUUUCAAACAAAAUUAAUGAAGCAAAUGAUGAAUU